AUGUAUGUGUUGAUUCUAGGGAACACUAUCCCCCAUUGCAGGGCAUUGUUUACACCUGGGGCACAUGGGAUAACUUACACUUUUCCUGCUGUCACCAUUCUAUAUGAUUCUUCAAGAUCAACAGGUAAAUACCCCAAAAAUGAUCUGCACAGAUAUUGACCUGCACCUGAAAUUCCAGGUUGUUAUGGCUCAGUUGCUAUAAAUCAGAUAUAGCUUUAUGUGAAUUUGCACCUCAACUUGAGAUGAUGACUCACCCUGUCUGGUCAGACUGUUUGACUGUCUACCCAUUAGGAGGAGCAUACUUCUCUCUCAUGGACCUACACUGUUCUUGGGCUCAAGCUUUAUUCUUACCAAGAAACCAACAGUUGGUGUCGUCAGGG